AUGGAGAAGGCAGGUGCUCAUGAGGUGAUUGUGUUUGACUAUAAACAAGGGUAUUUGAGGUCAACUACUGGACGUGGAGACCGUAUUGCAGGGAAAGGUGGAAAGAAACACGGUGAACUUAAUGCGAAGACAUGUACAUGUGAGAAAGUCAUAAUAUAUAAGUUGCCGUGUUCUCAUGUCCUUGCGGUAUGUCGAUACCGGAGCUUGUCAUAUAGUGGUUUUGUGAACGCUUCCUUUCUGACUACCGAGUAUCGAUCUACUUAUAUGUCCUUUUUCAAGCCUGUGCUUGAUAUGCAUAAUUGUUCUCCAUAUGAUGGUCCGAGAAUUAUAGUUGAUGAGAGGCUAAAGCGUGGAGCUGGACGUCCAAGGUCCACUCGUAUACAAAAUGAAAUGGAUGCAGCUGAUAGGCCUAGCAAAUAUAGAUGUAGCAUUCAUAAGGUUUCGGGAUACAAUAAGCAAAGAUGUCUUAAUAAGAACGGUGAAGGAACAUCUGGGUCUGAUGGCGCAAUCCAUCUUUCCGUACUAGAUCGCAGCAUUCUCACUGGACAAGCAUCGAAGUGA